CUGAUGAUGGAGCGGUUCCUCUUCUCCCUGCUGGUGCUCAGCCUGGCCGUGAAGGCCCAACUUUGCCCGAAGCGCUGCAUCUGCCAGAACCUCUCGCCUUCCCUCGCCAUCCUCUGUGCCAAAACCGGGCUGCUCUUCGUGCCUCCGUUAAUCGACCGGAGGACAGUGGAGCUGCGGCUGACUGAUAACUUCAUCACCACGGUGAGGAAGAAAGACUUUGCCAACAUGACCAGCCUGGUGCACCUGACCUUGUCCAGGAAUACCAUCAGCCAGAUCAUGCCUCACACAUUCGCAGACCUAAGAGUUCUCCGUGCCCUGCAUCUGGACAGCAACAGGCUGACCACGGUCAGACAUGAGCACUUCAACGGUCUAGUAAACCUCCGACAUCUCAUCCUCAGCAACAAUCAAUUGCAUUAUAUUUCUGCCAACUCCUUUGAUGACUUUGUUACGUCUCUUGAAGAUCUGGAUCUCUCCUACAACAACUUGCAGAAUUUGCCCUGGGAAACUAUUGGGAAAAUGACAAAUGUCAACACUCUCAGCUUGGACCAUAACCUGAUUGACUUUGUCCCAGAGGGAACGUUUUCCAAUCUCCAUAAGCUGGCCCGACUGGACAUGACGUCCAACAAACUUCACAAGUUGCCCCCCGAUCCCUUGUUUCUCCGGGUCCAAAUGUUUGCGAAGACAAAGGGAUCUCCACUCUCAUCUCUUGUCCUCAGCUUUGGUGGAAACCCACUCCACUGUAACUGUGAACUGCUCUGGCUGAGGCGCCUUACCCGAGAGGACGAUCUGGAGACUUGCGCCUCACCACAGCAUUUAAUGGGCAAAUACUUCUGGUUCAUUCCUGAGGAGGAAUUCACCUGCGAUCCCCCGCUGAUCACCCGACAUAGCUCCAAGAUCUUUGUCAUGGAGGGCCAGAGAGCCAUCCUGAAAUGCAAGGCGAUUGGGGACCCUGAUCCAUCCAUCCACUGGACCUCACCAGAAGGACGUCUCAUCUCCAAUUCAAGUCGAGCCACCACCUAUGAGAAUGGUACGCUGGAGAUCCUGAUCACCACCCCUAAGGACACUGGGACGUUCACUUGCUUUGCUUCUAAUGCUGCUGGAGAUGCUAUGGUGGAGGUGGAGCUGAUUGUGAACCCUCUCCCUCAUUUUGCUAAUAGCACCAAUAACAUCAAAGAACCAGAUCCUGGUUUGUCGGACAUCACCACCUCGUCCAAGUCUGGUUCUCCUCCUGCUGGAAAUGAGACAAAGACUCCACAGGACAAGAAGGUCACAGCAACUGACCUCACCUCCUCUUCAGUCCAAAUCCGUUGGCCCUCUCAACGUCACGUGCCUGGCAUCCGUAUGUACCAGGUCCAAUACAACAGCUCUUCUGAUGAUGUCCUCGUAUACAGAAUGAUUCCAUCUUCGAGCAAGACCUUCCUGGUGAAAGACCUGGUUGCCGGGCGAGACUAUGACCUGUGCGUGCUGGCUGUCUAUGACGACAGGCAGACAUCCCUGACAGCUACCCGAGCAGUGGGCUGCGUGCAGUUCACCACCGAGAAGGAAUAUACCCAGUGCCACUCCACACACACCCAGUUUCUUGGCGGCACCAUGAUCAUCAUCAUCGGCGGUAUCAUCGUGGCUGCUGUCCUUGUCUUCAUCAUCAUCCUCAUGAUACGGUACAAAGUGUACAACAACACGGCAGAACACAAGGCCAAGGUCAGUAACGUCUACUCGCAGACCAAUGGAAGUCAGAAUGGGGCCAUGCCAGCAUCCACUUCAAAGUUGACCGAAAGUCUGGAGGAACAUGUCCAGGAAACGUUGACAGAUCCCACCAAAGAAACCUUGGCUGUAGCUUUAACUUCGGGCUAUGAGAACGUUUCCGUCACUCAAGGCCCAUCUUUUCCCACAGGAGACACAAGCCCUCACAAAGGAAGGAGAACUUGGUCGUGCACAGACCUGCAGAAGGAAGGCCCCCUCUCCCUGAAGGAGGUUCCAGGUGAAGGUCAAGGUAGCACCACUUUGAAACAGCUGCAGUGCAAAGAUCACAAGUAACAGAUGGAAUCUAGCACACUUGCCCAUUGCUGGAACUGGUGGAUGUCCCCUGGUGGCCUUCAUAUUCAGUCUGGGCUCUCCAAGUGCAGCUCCCAAGAACAGAUUGGGGAGUGGGCUGGAAGUUGAGAUCCACAAGAAAUUCCUGUUUUUCUCUUCCAUUUUUGUACAUAAUAUAUUUUUGAUACCUUGAAGCAUGGCAUUUGAAGAGUGUCUGAUGUGUUCUAGAUAAGCGUGUGUCUGUGGGUGUCUGUAUCUACAAGAUAUGUACAGAAAUAAUAGGGUGGAAGACGUGUGAGCAACAUCGUUUGUCUUGAUCAACUGCAAAGGCUGUAAUUCUGAACUACAGCCAACAAUUGCCGGAACAUUCUGCUGCAUCUCCUCCUAAUCACCAUGGAUCCUGAAUGAAUUUCAAUUCUUUCAUUAUGCUUCCUAUUGUCUCAUUUAAAUAUCACCAUGGCCAUUUCACUAACCUCCUGUUUCUCAUUUGGAGUCGGUACAGAUGCAAUUUGCUGCAUCGAUUUUGUAUGGCUUUGGGUAAAUUUGAUUUUUCUCUUUGCAAUUGUGAGUGUAUCAGAGUGUGUCUGUGAACUGCUGAGUGUGUGUAACUAUCCAACUGUGUCUGUCUAUGAGUCUUGGUGUCUCCCCCUCUGUGAUCUUAUGUGUUUCUAUGUUUCUAUCUGAUGUGGUCACAUCUGUGUGAAAGGGAGAGACUGCGUGUGUGUGUGUGUGUGUGUGUGUGUGUGUGUGUGUGAAGGUAUGUUUGAGUGUGAGUGUAUGUAUGUGUGAGAGUGUGAGUGUGUAUGGAUGUGUGAAGGUAUGGGUGUGUAUGUGUGUGAGAGUGUGUGUGUGCAUGUAUGCAUAUGUGUGAUAGGUGUGUGGGUGUGUGACUGUCAGCAUGAGUGUAUGCAAGUAUGUGUGUGUGAGUGUGUCUGUAUGUAUGAGUGUGAGUGGGUGCAUGCAUGUGUGUUUGUGAGAGUGUGUGUGCUUAUCUGCAUAAGUAUGAGUGAGUGUGAGUGUGUGUGUGAGAGAGAGAGUGAGACAGUGUGUGCAAUUUGAUGUCAGUGUGCUUUCCCCAUGCAUCCUCCUUUGUCACGUUACACUCUGUGUGCCUUCUGUGUACCUGUCACCAGACCUACACCAACCUGAAUCCCUGGCAAUUCCACCCCUCCUGUCGUCUCCAGCCCCGGCACCUCCUCCUUUCUUGUCGUCUGCAGCCCAGCACCACCCACCCCAACCCGUCCCAUUGUCUCCAUCCCUGCUAAAACAGUCAGCAUUUGGCACUUUGUUCUGACUGGUUUCUGCUGCUGUAAGGGUGUCAGAGACCCUCUUCUGAGGGCAAACUCUGUCAGUGCAAGGGGUCUCUGUGUUCCCCAUCUGAUCAAGGUCUUUGAUGUCCAAUUUAAUUCAAGCACCAACAACAAUUCAAAAUCGCCAUGUUUGUUGAACUUAAACUGAAAAGGGUUGCUUUGAGUAAAACACAGAUGCCUGAUGCUGUGGAAAUGGAACCCAAUGGACUACGGUAAAGCUGACAGCCAAGUUAGGUGGUCUGGGCAAGGAACUGCAUUCUGGGCAAUAAAUGCCAGAUUUGCCACUGACACCCACAUCCUGAAAGAUCAAUAAAUCAAAUAAACCCAGGCCAGCAAGGAAUUUCAGACCAGAGGCUCCAAACGUGUAGUUGCUGGACCAUGUGUAUAAGAUGCCAGCUCAUACAAUAUAUAAGUUAAUGAAUCACCCAAUG